AUGGGUUGUAAGAUCAACGCUUUAAACCCUCCAAUGGUGUUCAAGUCCUCCACUUUAAGACCCAGUUUCAGAAUUACAGCAGUCUCCUCUUUUGCUUCUUCAAGCCCAAAACAGCAAGCAUCCACCCGCACAACCAAGCUUCCGAAUUCCGAUGCUUACAGUAUCAGCUUCAAAACUCUGGAAGCUUGCAAGCUUGGCAUCUCCAGGUAUCCCGAUUUCGACUACAAUGCCAAAGGUGGCACAGGAACUGGGAUUGGGACUAAAGAUGGUGACCAUAUUUCAGUAUCAUUCGACCUGCAGAAUCUGUACAUUCCACCACUGACGAGCGAGACCACCAGGAUUUUGGGGUUGCCAUUGCCGCCGGGCCUGAAGAUUGAUAUAGUCCCUGAAUCAUUUCAGGGCAGGAUUGCUCCAGAUUCAGGUAAGGUGGAACUUGAAUUUGUUGCCAAUUUCUGGUUCUCUGCUGGGAGUUUCUACAGAGCUCCUCCGCUGCUGGUGAAGACGGUGCUAACUUCAGAGGAAUCGAGAGGAAGCAUCCGCAAUGGAGUAGGGGAGAGGUUGGAUAAAGUAGGGAAAUGCAGAUUGGUUGGGGUGGCUUCAGUUGAUCCAAUUGAUGAUGUUUUCAUGAACACUUUUCUCAGUCUCCCAACUGAAUGUCUGGCCAUACUCAAUGCGGUAAUUUCAAUUUCCGAAUAG